AAAGAAAUGAGGAAGUGCAAGGAGCACUGAGAGGCUCUGGAGUAGAAAGAGGAUCCCUGGGAAGAAAGACUCGGAGGAAAAGACACGGGCAAGAAAGGGAGAGGCCGAGAGAAUAGGCAGGUAGCCAGGCUGAUAAAGAACUCAGAUCCCAAGGCAGGGCUUGCAUGGCCUCGCUGGGGGCCCGAGAGGAGCGGAAGCCCCUCAUAAGGCAGGAGGAGGCCCCUGACAGGCCUGCCACAUCUCCCUUUGAGGGCAGGAAGACUGCCUGUGCUGCUGUGCUGCUGGUGGAGAUUCUGGAGCGAACCGCUUUUUUUGGCAUUGUCUCCAACCUCGUCCUGUACCUCAACAGCAGCAACUUCAACUGGGGCGGCGCCCAGUCUUCGCGUGCGGCGUUGCUCUUCUUGGGGGCCUCCUACCUGUUUUCGCCCAUUGGGGGCUGGCUUGCGGAUGCUUACCUGGGCCGCUACUGGACCAUUGCAUUCAGCUUCCUGCUCUACUUGCUGUCAGCCUGCCUCCUGCCAGCCGUGGCCUCGCAAGAUAGUCGGAUCUGGCUGUGCGGGGAGAUGCCAACUUACCCAGUACAACCCGCCUGCAAAAAUGGUAGUACGGACUGCAACCAGCAAUUGCCAAGUCAAUAUUGUGCCCCUGUUAUGUACAGUGGUCUACUGCUCCUGGCCCUGAGCAUCAGCUCUGUCAAAGCCAACCUCACACCAUUUGGCGCUGACCAGGUAAGAAGAGAUCUGAGCUCACAUCUAUCCUUCCUAUUUAAACAAGAAGGAUACUGGUGCACUUUGCUCCUUGUUUCAUGGGCUCCUUCUGUCUUCAAUAUACGUUGUUUGAGUAAACACAAUACCUCUGAAAUACAUUCGAAAUGGUUUGGGUUUUUUCCUUUUAAAGAAUUCUGGGCACUUUGAUUUAUUAAAGGUUUCUGGGAAUUGUAAAUCUAUGAGGGGGAAACCAGAGGGCCCAGAAUUCUUUGAGGGAAAUCAUGUAUUUUGGAUGUGCUUUAAAGGCAAAGUAUAUAUGCAGCCUUUGGCUCAUUGUCUCCUGACUUGUUGAAAGCAGAAUGCAUUAUUUGUGUUUGUUUUUGCAUACUACCUUAUAUCCUGAUUUUCAGUACAGAUUUUCAGCAAUAGCAAUAUAAGAAAACACAUCAUAAACCUAAGUGAAUUAAAUAAAAAAUAGAAAAGGCCUCCAGAAAUUUAAAAGUUUUUACCUGCGGCUGAAAAGAUAACACGCUCAGUGUUAAGCGAACCUCUUUGGGGAGGGACUUCUAAAGUAGGGGCCCUGACUAAAGCAUCUUUUUCAGUAUGGAGGCUUUUCUUCUUCUUCAGUAGUUUUUCAAUUAAAUGUAGCUUUUGUCUUCCUAUGUGUUAUUUGCUGAAAAAGACAAUAAAAGAGUUUUCGUUUUUAAAAGUAGAAUUAUUGUUAUCAUCAUCAUCAUCAUCAAUAAUACUAACAACCAUCCACCCUUCACCCUAAGAUCCCAGGGUGGGUUAAAACAAUUAAAACACAAUGUUAAAAACAACUUGAAACAACUUGCAAUCACAGAAAUAAAGCAGGUCUUCAAAAUAAACAUCUAAGCUGUGAAAAGGCAGGGUAAAAAGUCCAUCUUCAGGAUUCAGCAAAAGCUGUGUAAUGAAGAGGCCUCCUCCAUGAUAAGGGAAUUCCUUCUCCCGGGUCUCCAACCCCCUCCCCAAAAAAAACCUCUGAGGUAAAGAGUUCUUUCAGGUAUUUGGGGGCCCAGAUCGUUUAGGGGUUUAGCAUGAGAAGAGUUUCUGAUGUCUGUACCAAUAGGGUCAGUACUUCUGCCAUGCUCAGUUUCCACCCAGAACACCAUUAAAACCAAACAAACAUGUGUAAAAGCAUCUGCAGCCAGGGGUCUUUCAAAUUUGUAGGAGAUUAGGCAACUUCCGACUGAGCUCCUUACAAAGAACGAGGAAGAGCAGUUUCUCCUUCCCCCCGAGAGCAAAUUGAAUUUCCCUUAUCCUGGUCCUAGAAUGGAGCUACUUGUCUGCUUGUGGCAGAACUAGAGCUAAACCGGAUUAUUCUCCCCAAGUUCUCCAUGCUAUUUGUGGGUUGCAACAUUGGGGGAUGGGGGCAAUUUUACCAAAUAUUCUUGGUGGAUUUAUUUAUUUGUUUUAUGACCUGCUUCCCAGCGUUGGAUAUUGGUGGGUGAAGGAAGCAGUGGGCUAAGAGAGGACUGGAAGGAGUAGGGACCAAGCCCAUUGCUUCCUUCAACUAUAUUAAGCAACACUAUUUUAUUGUUUAACAAAAUAGUAGUUCAGUGGCAGAGCAUCUGCUCUGCAUGCAGACGGUUACAAGUUCAAUCCUUGGUAUCUGGUAGGACUGGGAGAGACCUUUAAUGCUAGAGAGGCACUGCCAACUGGUGUAGAGACAAUACUGAGCUAGAUGGACAAGUGGCCUGACUUGGUAUCGGCCAGCUUGCUGUGUUCUUAUUAAAGCUAGCUCCACAGUUGUGCCAACAUUUAAUGGAUAACAAAAUUCAGGAGGCCAUUUUGGUAAAUAUCCUCCAGAAUGCAGCUAAAAUCCCCCAACAGAACACAAAAAGAGCUUGCUGGAUCAGGCCACUGACCCAUUUUAGUCCAGCAUCCUGUUCUCACAGUAGCCAACCAACAAGCAAGACUGGAACACAACAGCACUUUCCCGUCCUGCGGUUUCCAGCAAUUGUAUUCAAAAACAUGACUGCCUUGAACUGUGGAGGCAGAGCAACGCCAUCACAAACCCUCCAAGUGCCUCUGUUUUCCAGGGACGCCCCUGAUUUAGAGAAGCUGUCCUUGAUUCUGAUUUGAUCCCAGAUUGUCCCACUUUUCCUUAGGAUAUGCCUAUUUUCAUUGGAGAAAUAUUGGCGGGUAUGGAGUUAUCUGACCUCUGAGCCGUCUGAAGGCAAUCCUGUAUAGGGAAGGUUUCUUUUAAUGUUGGCAUUUUAUUAUGUUUUUAUAUGUGUUGGGAGCUGCCCAGAGCGGCUGGGGCAACCCGGUAAGAUGUGUGUGGGGUAUAAAUAAUAAAAUUAUCAUGGAAUGGGACAUCCCUAUUUUCAUCGGAGAAAUGUUGGAGCGUUUGGCAUCAUGGCUGGUAGCCUUUGAUAGCUCUUUCCUCCAUGAAAACAAAAGGGCCAAGCUUCAAAAGGAGUUUGAAAAAUAGAAACCAUGUAAGAAAUUUAUUUUCUGAAUAAAUCUGGCUUGGUAGACGGACCAGUAGAAUGGCUUUGGUGUCCCCCACCCCCCGCAAAAAAAUCUAGGAGACGUUCAGUGUAGCUCCUGCAGUACUGAUUGCCCCACCUUGUCCAGAACAUUCCAGAUUAACCUUUCAUCACCUCUCCUUUUUAGAUUGCGUCUUCACAGUUACUUGGUAGCUCCAAAGCCAGCGCCCUCAAAAUGCUUAAACUCCCACCCACCAUCCAGUUUUUGUGCAUCUUCAUUAAAGCUGUCUUACCCACCCACUUCCCCAUAAUUGUUCACAAGCCAAGAAGAAGCCAUUGCCUCCCUUGCAGUGGAUAAGUCUUCUCCUCACCAGGGUUUGGUGUGUCAGGAUACAGUUGCCUCUGUCAAACUCGACCUCAGGGCCCCCUUGGUUUGCACCUCAUUCAAAUAUCUUUUGUGGUAUCCCACAAAAGAGUUUUCCAUGUGUGCACAUCAGCCUUGCAAAUAAGACCACAACAGUUAUCAACCCCUAUAAAUGUUUACUAGUGCUAGUCCACUUAUACUUGGACGGAAAGGACCCAUUGUCUUUCAGGUUUUAAAUAUAUCCCUUGUCGGUCACAUGGAGACAAUUCUUACAGGGAUAAGUCACACACAAGCAACUUGUCUAGCAGAACAUGGUCUCACUCCCCUGUACUUUAAAAAAUUUGAAGGUGACGGACCGUGGCCGGGAUGCUACCCGACGUUUCUUCAACUGGUUCUACUGGAGCAUUAAUAUUGGGGCUGUGAUCUCUCUGCUGGUGAUUGCCUUCAUCCAGCAGAAUGUGGACUUCCUUAUUGGCUACGCCAUCCCUGCUGGCUGCCUGGCCCUGGCCAUCAUCAUCUUCCUCCUGGCUGCCCCCACCUUUGUCACAAAGCCUGCGGCUGGCAGUCAAGUCUACCCCAUGUUCCAGUUGGCCUUCCAGAAAAGCUGCUGUGGCCAAGCAAUCCAGAAGAUGACCACCAAAACCAGGUAAAGCAGAAAAUAUCUCUUUCGGCUGGCCAAGGCCAUUUACCGUAUGGGACUUUCCUCUGAACAGUGCUGGAUAUGCGCUUUGGGCUGGCAUGAGCACCACUCAAAAAGCAUGUGUGUAGCAGUUGGUUUAAAAAACAAAACAAAACUUCUUUAGAUCAGUCAGAAAGGGUUAAGCAUUACCUUCUGGCAAGGAGUUACCCUUUACUUAGACGGCAUUAACACAGUGCAGGUGUACAGAUGCAGCAAAUGAGAUGGCAGAAUCUUGAGGGAAUUAUGGACUUUACCACUUUAGGAUGCAAGUAGGGGGUGGUAUUAAAAAAAACAGGGUCCACCAGAUAAAAUGGUUCUUGUUUGGUCUGUUCUCUCUGAUGUUAGCUUUCUACUUUCAGAGAGUUUCUUAAACACACACACACACAAUAAUUUUUUUAAAAUGGCAUCCCCUGCUACAGUCUGAAGUAAUACAGCCUAUUUGACCUCUUCAUUCUGCUGCAUUUUCAGACAAGGCCACAUAAACUUAUCCAAAGGGAAUAGCUUCUUAAUUAAUUUAAUAUUCUAUUUUUUCUAUAAUCUAGUGGAAAAAGGCACAGUGAAAAUGUGACUAGCGAAGUUGAGCCCUGGAAUCAUUGGGAGCUCUCAUAUUAUUUGGUUGGCCCACUUGUGUUGUGUGGAAAGGGACCGUAUAAAAAGACCCCUCAAGAAGGGCGGAAAGUAUCUCCCAGUUACAGUAGGUGAAGCAAUGCAUGCUUCUCACUCACCAAGUGCACUGGAAUCUGCCAGAUAAGAUACUGAGUCAGACCAUUAGUCCUUUGAGAGCAAGGGUGGGGCAUCUUUGGUUCUCCAGAUGGUGUUGGAGUUCCCAUUAUUCCUUACUACAGACCGUUUCUGAAGGGUCUGAUGGGAGCUGUGGUCCAACAACACCUGGAGGGCCACAGGGUUCCCCAUUCAUGGACUAGCGCAAUAUUGUUUGCAUUGACUGGCAGCAGGUUUGCCAAGGUUUUGGAUGGGUUUUUCUUUGCCCUGCCUAAAAAUGUCAGGAAUUGAACCUGGAACCUUCUUCAUCCAAAGCAUAUGGUUCACCACCCACAGAACUCUCCUUACAGCAAAGAUGGAAAACCUGUGGUCCUCCAGAUGUUGUUGAACUACAGUCCUUGACCAUAGGCCGUGCUGGCUGUGGCUGAUGGGAGUUGUGGCUCUCUAUGUUAUCUGAUGCCACGUUUCCUAUCCCUUACAGCAGGGCAGGAGAAGAAACAAUUCUCACUCUACUUCCAACCCAUAGGAAUGCACUCUCAGGGCCAAGGCUCAAAGGGGCUGUGGUCUUUGUGGGAAAUAGAUGGGUACUUUGUCCACCUUUGAACAGGUUGUUGAGUUCCGGGGAAUGUCACUUCAGGCUCUGUAAUAACAGUCUUGAUUCCUAUAAAUGAAGUGAAACUGCUAUUUGGGGAUAAGAAGCCCACAUGAACUCAUCUGAAGCCUGGAGUGUGACCCUGGUCAUGUUAUAAAAGCCCUGAUACACUUUUGCUGUUCCUUUUAUCUACAGAACACAUAGUAACCAGUCAGAAGCCGAGGCUAAUGGCUCACUUUCAGGUCCAAGAACCCAGCCUGUGGGGAUGUCACAUGAGCAUAUUGCCAACUUCCAAGUGAUCAUGAAGAUCCUACCUGUGUUGCUCACUCUCAUCCCGUACUGGAUGGUCUAUUUCCAGGUAGGGCAUGGCACCAUUUCCCAAUUCUGGUCUGAAGCCCUGAUCCGUUUAGUGCUGUGGCCCUCUGGAUGUUGCUGAACUGCAUCUCGCAGCAUCCCUGACCUGGGCUGAUGGGAGUUGGAGUCCCAAAACAUUUGGAGGGUUACAGCUUCCCCAUACAGCGGCUGAAGUUAGAAGGAGCGGAGGGUUAAAGGAUGUCCUUUCAUUGCCAAAAUGUUCUUAAACCAUGUGUGACUUCAUACUUUCAUAAUAAUAGCACAUAAUAGUAAUAGUGUGGUACAGGGACUCUCUCCAUUUAGUCACUCUGCACUAAGCAUGAAGCUUGGUCUUUGGCCUACAUAAGCUCUGCCCCAUCCUUAGCAGGGAAGCAAAUUCAACUAGGAUUGCAACCUGCUAUGCAUUCAUGUGGGCCCAAGCCCAAACUUAGUUCCAAGCAAACUUGCAUAGGGUGAUCAGACUGCAAGGUUCCUAGCAGGGCUAGAUUUGGACCUUUAGAGGCCCUAAGCACUUAAAGGAUUUUGGUUCCGCCUUCUAUAUCUAAUUCAAAAUAUAAACAAUAAAAAACCAUAAAAUAAAAUUUAUUUUUUGAAAUGAAAUGAAAGAUGGGAAAUAACGUUUAGUUUUAUAUAUUUGUAUAAAUAAUGUUUGUGUUUGUUCAGCUGUACCAUAUGGUCCAUGGUAAAUCUGGCAAUGGGAAAUUUCUGUGGUGCCCCCCCCCCCCGGUGUCCUAAGGAGGGGCUAUAGAAAAAACAGGGUGCCUGCCCGUUUCAUUUCCCCCUUGGUUCCUGUUGGCUUUUACAGCACAGCUGUAAUGUUGACAAGCAGUUACUAUAAAGUGAAAUGAAAUGCACAUUAAAAGCAAAGCUAUGGAAGCAGAGGUGUUUCUAUUCCCGUACAUUUUUUCCAACAAGGUCAUAAAUCCUUGUUUGUAGGUGAGUGGGUUGCCAGGGAAAUGUGAAACCAUUUAUCCCAAAGAGAUAUUUGUGAGGGGAAAGGAGCAAGCGUGGCGGCAACAAUAAAACAGAUUAUUCUAAAUGUUAAAAAUUGCUUAGGAGGCUGUCUGUUUUGAUACAAGCUCAUGGUGUUUCCAUACAACAUGGUUUCGCUUAUCCACUCUGAGGUACUAUGGCACUAAGUCAACUGUUGAGAGAGGUAUUCCUUCUCCAAGGCACCAGGCAUCUCAGCAGGGAUAGGAAACUUCCAGCUGUUGCUGGACUCCAUUUGCUAUCACCCCUGACUGUUGGCUAUGCUGGGUGGGUUUAAUGGGAGUUGGAAUCCAACAACAGAGGGCUACAGGUUACCUCCCCCUAGCAUUCUUUUUAAUGAAUCCAUUUAAUAAUAUGCCUUUUAACUGAUUAACCAAUUCAUGAUUAAAAUCAGAGUUGUGCCAAAAUGGGACGAGGAUACACAUUGCACAGAAUACACAGCCUCUUAUGUAAUCAAACACACCCAGACACACUUUCACUGAUCGCUGGGGAUAGGUCUGCAAAACAGUGGGGAAAUGGUACCGGUACCUCAUUCUGAGUAAAAGUAGGUGCCCUUGCUGUGGUUGGCUUUGUGAUGUCAUCAUGUAGCUAAAUCUGAUUGGCCAACUACAAGGCAACCCAUCCCUGAGGUGCUCAGAUAAUGAAUGUCACUGUUCUUGCAGCAUCUGCCCUGCAGAUGGCUGGGAAACCAAUGUGUAUUGAAGACCCAUGGAUGGGUAUGGGCACAUCAAAGCCCUGUGCAUCUGCUUAUUUAUAAGGACUUUCAAAGUUUGUUGGUUUGUGUAGGCAUGUGCUACAUUUACAUCCCUGACUUUGCUCUAUGACGGAACUCACGGUGGCAUACAAGCCUUCUCCCCAGAUGUUCUUCCCAUCCAAGCACUGACCAGACCCAGGCCUGUAACAUGGUGCCUGGAGGAGUUUCUCUGGGUGACUCCUGGGGGCCAGGGCAUUUUGGGGCUCCCCAGUGGUUUUUUUGAGGGGGGUGGGACCCUCAAUUCUCAGAGGGCCAUGCACAUGACAUCAGGACAUCGCCUUGGGCCCCCUCAAAUAUCUGGAGAAGCUGGCUCCUCUGCCUGCAAAGCUUCAACUAAGUGGUUGCAUAAUGGGACUCAGACCAGAACUUGGGCCCUACGUUCCUGUUUUCCAUUCUUUAUUAGUGUUUCAGGGCUGCAACAUAUCCUUUGCUUGCAAUGGAUGAAUAAGAGUUUAUUGCAGAUUCAACUAAGUUGUUUGGGGGUUGGUUUGUUUUUUGCAAUUGUGACUCCAUAUAUUACACAGGCUGACCCCACUCCUGUGUUUUUGUUUCCCUUACUGAAACCCUCUUCUGGUCUCAAGAGACAUUUCUUCAUGAUUCUGGCUGCUUUAUAGGACAGAAGUUAGGGGGUUUUGUACCAUGCACAGGAUUUGGGUGAUAAUUUCUACUUUUGUAGCAGAGGCAGCUGAAUAUGCAAAUGCAGUCAGAUCUGCAUAUCUAGCCACCAGGGAGAGAACACAUUAAAUGUUUCUUAUUGGCAUUUAAUAUGAUCAGGGAUUUAAACAGCUCUGGCUGGCUUUAUUAGAUGCAUUAUUUGUGAGUUUCAGGGAGACUUGUUAUCACUGACAAUGAUUUAUGAGUUCCUGAAUUUUACAACAGAUUCACCUGUUUGUAAAGUUGGUGCAAAAUUGUUUCCUUAUUUCUUCACAUCAAGGAAUAACACAAGAAUAGUUGUCUGUAUGUGGUGGGCAUUGCCAAUGACGUCCAGACAUUUGAUCACCACAGAGCUUAUACCAGUGGUUCCCAAACUUUUUUGGUUCUAUAAACUCAUUCCCAGUGCUGCUUACUUUACCUUAGGAGAAGUUUUAUUAGUACUUUGCAUGCCCCACUAAGGUAGAUAAUAACACAAUAAAAUUCAAAGCAGUAACAAUUAUUUGCACAUUUAUUAAAAAUCCAGUUGAAACUAUUUAGUUUAGUUAAUUCAAUGAAAUUGAUUGGCUUGAUCCAGAUAUACCAGCUGCUCAAAAUCUGAUUGUCAUUUACACUUCCAGUGCUUCCCUGCUGCUCCCUUGCCUCUUAACACCCCCCAAGUAAUUCCCCCCUUUGGGAACCACUGGCUUAGACCUUGACAGUCAGCUGGGUUGGGGUCAAUCAAAGACUCGUGAUCUUUCUAGCUGAGCAUAUAUAUCUUUAAUGGCAUUCCUCUUGUCUCGCGUUUUAGAUGCAGUCAACCUACUACCUGCAGGGUCUGCACCUCUACAUCCCCAACAUCUUUCAGAAGAGUCAGCAGAACAACAGUGCUUUCUCAGUGGCUGCAGAUGGUCACUACACGGUAGGCCAUGAGAAACAUUGCUGUGUGGUUUCGUUAGACCUUGAGAAGAUGGUGUAAGACUGUCCAGCCCAGACGACAGAGCUUGUGCCAAGCUCUGUGCUAUAUGAAGGGGAUGAGCUGUGGUGACUUGGAUCACAUUGUGACAAAUGUGGCACCCAUCACAACAAAUGUCUCUUUUAAGUGGAGGAGAUAUGGGUGCUCAACAGCUCCAAUAAAGAGGCUUAGCCUGUGGUGAAUGUGUUAAGGAACAACAGGGCUUCUUCAGGGAAGGGACAUAAAGCAACAGCCUGGUUCUGCCCAGAGCAACAUUCCUCCUCCUCUGCAACAGUCCAGGCACAACCCCUGUUUUUAUAGGCAGAAUAGCUGCUGACAAGCUGCAUGUGACUCUAGCAAUGAUAACAAGCCUCAGACACCACAAACAGAAGAGAAAUUGUUCCACUUCCCCUCAGGCCCCAAACUGUGUUGUGCUAAGCUAAGGGGAGAGUUGAGAUGGGAGUAAGGAUGGGAUGUAUAUGCAGGAGAGAAUGAGGGAUUUUGGGAAAAGAACUCAGGCAUUCAUGUUGGCUUUGGACUUCUUUCUUAAGGGAAUGCCCUUCUAUUUCAUGAAUAGGAAGCAGUCUCUUUUAUUUGAAGGACUUAAACGGCAUUGAUUCCCCCCCCCCCAUCCUUUCUGAUAUUGCUUGCCCAUCUCCUCAGCUUGGUAGCUGUGGUGCUUUUAUUACUGUUUCUCAACUUCAUUCUGGGGAAAACAUCCUCAGAAUAUGCAGCCAUGAUCCAUAUAGUGGUCUCUGGAAAUUGCUGUUGAAAAAAUGUAUGUGUGGGUUCAUUUCCUUCUUGCAGGGAGCCAACCAUAUGCAGAGAUUGCCACGAACAGGACUGUGCUUUUUGCACACUCUGUAAAACACUCUAUUCUGGGGAAUAUGAUAAAAGCACGAUCAUGUAAUUGGAUUGCUUGUAUACAACCAACCCAUGAUAAUCAGGGGUGAGAAAGUACACUGUGAUAUUGGGCAGCCACUACAUGUUUAAAAGGGACGCGGGUGGUGCUGUGCUCUAAACCACAGAGCCUAGAGCUUGCCGAUCAGAAGGUCGGCGGUUUGAAUCCCUGCUAUCCUGCUAUGGGGUGAGUUCCCGUUGCUUGGUCCCAGCUCCUGCCCACCUAGCAGUUCAAAAGCAUGUCAAAUUGCAAGUAGAUAAAUAGGUACCGCUCCAGCAGGAAGGUAAAUGGCGUUUCCGUGCGCUGCUCUGGUUUGCCAGAAGUGGCUUAGUCAUGCUGGCCACAUGACCCGGAAGCUGUCUGCAGACAAACGCCUGCUCCCUUGGCCUAUAGAGCAAGAUGAGCACCGCAACCCCAGAGUCGUCCGUGACUGGACCCUAAUGGUCAGGGGUACCUUUACCUUUACCUUACAUGUUUUGAAGGUUGUACCAAUUGGCCACAGCAGUUGGGGACAGUUGACACAACCAGACUAGUGCAUUCAAAAAUGUUAGUUGAGCAGAAGCAGUCCUGUGGUUCCUUCAUCAGUUUGCAACUCAACCCACUUACCACAGCAGGGCAGCCAUUCCUGGCACAGUAAAUAAGGGUGGUAUUGUGAGGGGUGAGCAUUUGGGAGAAGCAAUAACACCAGGUGUUGAAAGUGGUUGCUGAACUCUGCAUGGACCCACUAACUGUGACAGUAUGGUGGUGUGUAUUGUCCCUUUGCAGCUCCAUAGAAUCCAAGCCUAUUGCAGGACAUCCCAUCAAACAGGUGUUCCCACAUCCACUAGCUCCAUAGAAGUGUCAAUGGUAUCUGUAAGCAGAGCUUUAUUUCAGCUGGAACUCACUGGCACUUAGUUCCAGCACCUCUCAAGUGGACACCAUAGCCAUUAUAAGAGAAUAAGAGAGGCAUUCAUGGUGAGUUCCUGCACCUCCUCUUCUAGAAAAAACAACACUGUCUGUAAAUAUAUCUGAAGUGUGGUCUCUCUCUCUCUCUCUCUCUCCAGUUCCCAGAUGCCUGGCUCCUUCUAGCUAAUGUGGUGGUUCUGCUGGUCUUGGUCCCACUAAAGGACCGGGUCAUAGACCCAUUCCUGGCAAAGAGGAAGCUAUUGCCUUCAGCACUGAAGAGGAUGGCUCUUGGCAUGUUCUUUGGGCUUGCCUCAGUUGUUGUUGCAGGUGAGUCAUUCAUUCAUCUGUAUCAAUCCCAACUGCUUCCAGACAGGCAGGGCCGUAGCUAAGGGGUGGUGAGGAAGGCCCCUGUCAGGAGCGCAGGCAAGGGGGCGCGCACACAAAAUUGGCUAAAAAUAUGUCCAUAAAUAUGUCUAUAAAUUUAAAACAUUGAUUAUUGCCUCAUAAGAAAAGAUUUUAAAUAAAGGGUCUUUAUAUGAUAUGUGGGGCCCUGUUUUCCCCUAUUUUUUUCUGUCCCACAUUCAUUUUUCUUUAAAUUUCUGUGGCUAGGGGGCGCAAUCUGGACAGUUCUGCCAGGGGCACAAGAUCACCUAGCUAUGGCUCUGCAGGCAGGUAGCUCCAGGGGUGGAGGAAGGAGGGUGCUGUAGUGGCGGACCGCCCCAGGUAUCACCACUGAGGGGGGUGACAAAAUGCCAGGUGCCACUCACCGCGAGGCCUGCAGCACGCCCAAGCCACGCAUCUCUCCUGGGAGAGACGCAGUGGCUUGGGUGUGCUCAGGCUCCCACACUGCCCAAACGGUUUGCCCGCCGCCUCCCCCUCAGCUGUGGGACGGCUGAGUGGGAGGAGGCAGACAGACUCCUCGGAGGCCCCACAGAGUGUCCUGCCCCGGCUGGCCCCGCCCCAUGGGCUGCUGGCCCCUCCCCUGGGUGCAGGGAAUGCGCACCGCCCCAGGCGCCCGAUUGGCUUGCUCCGCCGCUGGGUAGCUCCAAGUGCCACCCAAUCAUUGCUCUUCCAUUGUAUCUACCACUGCAAUUGCAAUGGACUUUAUGUAUCUCACUGUGUUCUGUCCUCAUCAGUGGGCAUGAGUUUUGUGAAUGGAACCACUUGAAACUCAGAACACAUUCACUAUAACCCUUGUGGAUGCCGUUAUAACCCCAUGUUACUUUAUAAAUUGAUAUUUUAAUUAUAUCACUAAAACACCUAUCCAAGUUUUAUUAAGAACAUUGAAAGAGAUAACAGGGGUAAUGCACCAUACUGCUGUAAUACUUCAGUAAUGUUCUGACCCUACAUUAUAGUGUUAUAAUGCAAGAUCUUUCUUUCCUGGUUUGUUUUUUUUAAUGUUAUCCCUGGAAACACAUUUUAGUGUUAGUAUGUUACUGCCCCACAUCAAACCCCCCCUCUUUAAGAAAGAUGGAAGAGCAGCACUAAACGCAUCUGCACAUGUAGAGAUUGUGCUGCUUUCCCAUUCUUCGGGGGGGGGGGGGAGCUGGGCAUUCUGUGUUCUGAGGGAAGAUGGAAGAAUAACAGGAAAAAUAGAGGAAGACAAUAACGGGAUGGCGAUGCUUCCUGCAGAAAGUGAUUGACUAAUGCACAGCAAUUCUAAAGUAAAUGCCUCAUAAGGGAAGCACUCCCCAGUUCCUAUUCUUAGAGUAAAACCAGUUGAGCCCAAAGCAUAAAAGAUAAUAGGUUUAUCAGCCACCUUGCUCCAAUAGAAUCAGAAACAAGGCUUCAGGAAUAAGGAAUGCUAUUUUAUCAGUUCCAGGAAUCAAUUUGUAUUUCAUGAAAUAGCAUGCAUUACAGUUGUCCUGUGAUUAUACUACUUCACAAUGCAGAUAGGGGAUUGUAGGUUUCUGAAUUCCUCUACCAUGUAAACAACAACAACAACAACAAACAAUAAAAACUCAGUUACCAGUACUUAAAAAAUAGCACCCUGGGGAGAAAGCUAGGCUGUAACCCUGCAUUGUGACAUGUUAUCCUUCCUUGGGAAGGGAACCUUUGUUACAAAGCGCAUUCAGUCAUGCCUUACACACACAAAUACAUACUACUCACUUACUACUAGAAGGACUACACAAUCUGAUUUUUUCUGAAGACCUGCCCUGAGCGUUGCAGUCCAGAUGUCCAGGUUGCAAUGCAAAUGUCAGGAUGCUUUAGCCAGUGCUGAUUGCCCACUAGGCCUGGCAAUCAUCAGCACAGGCUGCUUAGUCCAUAUAGCUGCUUCCCUACAGUGUGCGCAGGGGUGCCCCAGGUCAAAGACGCCAAUGUUUCCCUAGCACAUUUUCUGCCUAAUGAGCAUUACUGUGGCCAGUUGGCAUCAUCAGGGCAUGCUCACAAUAUAUAGAUAUAGAUUCAUUCCAAACCCUGGCAAGGCUUUGUAGAGCAGUAGGUCCAUCUUCCAUGGCUGGAAGAUGGAGAAGGGCAGGACAAUUGCUGCAUCAGCCCAGCACAAGAGGAGGGGAAAUUAAAUUGCUCUCCCCCUUGUUAGAAAGGCCCGACCCGGAGGCCAGUUGGAAAUUCCUGCAGAAGCAUCUAAUGACCCAGUUCUGGACAUUUGCAGCAUCUGGGAAACUCCUCCAGAACUUCACGCUGUUGCUGACAUUUAAUGUCUUGACUGGGAGCGAGACUGUACUGUUUCCCUGGUUGUCUUAUGUAAACCCAGUUUAGUCAUGAGAUGCCUGGCAUGGUCUGAGGAGUCAGGAGCCAGGUUUGCCCUCACAAUGAAAGGUCAAUUAGGAACGCCUCCGUAUAACUGAAACACCAUGUAUGUUCCAUUCUUCCCUCAUGUUAACGAGUUUGUGAGUGCCCGGCACCUAUAAUCCCUGGAUCCAGGGUUCAGGAAACUUGAUUAAAAUAUAAGCCAGGCUAGCUUCUUCAUGAGGUAAUCACCAUCAAGAGAGAACAAAGGAAAGGCGAUGAGCCAUUAAGAAAGCAGUGGAGAGGGGGCUCUGUGCCAGAUUGCAAAUGGGUGGGGCUCUUAGAUAGUGAGAAGGACAAAGCCUGUUUCUUAGAGAGCAGAGCUUUUUGUGGAGUGACCUAGAAUAGGGAAAAGUUGCAGGCUGCAAAAGCAGAGAGAGAGAGAGUCAUGGCUGAUUUCUGCUUGAAUCCAAGGCUGUGGCUAUGGGAGAAACAAGACCCUUUUGAGGUGUUAAUGUUGUGAAUCUCUCCAUCGUAGGCUCAGGUUGCAUAUAUGUGUAAAUAACCAUAUUUCAUAAAGACACCACAGUCUCAGCUGUGCCUCAUUUACAAAAGGAAACAGAGGCACCAGGUAAGCAUCUGGAACCCCUGGAAUUUCACACUGCUCGGAGAUUAGGGUGGCAUGCAAUUUUAUGUUCCAUUCUUUCCUGAUCCCCUUUUGUGCUACACUACCUGUCUCUCAGUCAUUAUGACCAUUAAAGAACCAUUUACACCUCUUGCAAUUGUGGCAUGAUAAGGACUCAUUGAAACAGCAAUCUGAGGGGGAGGGAGAUUCAUUUGAAGCAUUAAUUGGCAAAUGGGAAAGUGCACAGAAGUGUACCACAUGGCUCUCUUUUAAGCUGUUAGCUGGUGGAAUACUCUCAUUAAAGGAACAGCGAAUGGUCCUGUACACCCACCCACACCCACCCACACAGAGGCAUGGCCUAUGAUUAAAUAUAUCCUAUCUGUGAAAUGCAUCAUUCCUAUGGGUCUAAAGGCUGCUUCUGCUCAAUAGGUGUUCUGGAGUCUGAGCGUCUGAAAUACGUGAACAACAAUGGGACCAUCUCACAGAGAAUUGGGAAGGAUGUUUACAAUGCAGCCCCGCUCUACAUCUGGUGGCAAAUCCCUCAAUACCUGCUCAUUGGAAUCAGCGAAAUCUUUGCCAGCAUUCCUGGUAAGCAGCACAGAAGAGUUUUCUAUGGCACUAGCAAGCAAAUGCCUGGAACUGCACACAAGGGAGAAAGCUGCUGGGAGGGGGUCAAUGGAAGCCUUAAAUACAGCUAUGGUUUAUGGAGCCUUGAAUAAUGGUUUAAAAAUAGCUGGUACCUUGCUCUUCUGGUUAACCAACACUCCUUUCUCCCAGGGCUGGAGUUUGCCUACUCAGAAGCUCCCAAAUCCAUGCAAGGAGCUAUCAUGGGUCUCUUCUUCUUCAUUUCCGGCGUGGGAUCACUUUUAGGAUCUGGCCUCCUGACAUUGCUCUCUCUGCCAGCCGAUGGCUGGAUGCACUGCCCAGAGGAUUUCGGUAAGUGAUACAACGUCUGCUGCCCUUUAGCUACAAGUAGCGGGUAAAAUCAGACUGUAGGGCCUCUUGACAUGCCCCUCCUAGGGUCUGGGCUUUGGCCUAUGUCCGAGUUAUAACGGCAGGGCAGUGUAGGCAAGAAAGGAACCUGGUGUGUCUGAGAGGUUGCAAAGAAGGUAUGUUGUCAGGAGGCUGCUGUAGACAGAGAAUACGAGGAAAGAAUUGCCUGGAGUGGUGAAUGCUGCAGUCCGUGGCAAUGGGACUCCCUGCUGCUGGCCUGCUUUGUGUACACUAAUGGCUCUCCCUUUUUCUCCCCUAGGGAACAUUAACAAAUGUCGGAUGGAUUAUUAUUUCUUCCUGCUGGCCGGGAUUCAGACAGUAACCUGUGUCCUCUUUAUCUGGAUCUCCAUCCGCUAUGAGCGCCUCCGCUCUGCUGGCCGCGAGGGCAACUAACAUCCUCUGCCUUCUUCCACCGGGACUGCAAAGAGGCGCCAGAGUCCCCUGGAUCUCAGCUUGCUGCAGAAUCCCCACCACUGUAGCCUAUAUGGUUAACUGCUGGGAUGUUGCGGAGGCCAAUGGUAUAUAAAAGGAUUAGAGAAAUUAAUUGGGGAUAGAGCCGUCAGUGGCAGCCAGCCAAAGACGACAACCGCACGUUCAAAGUGUCAUUAACGUCUUAGUUCUUGAAGCUGAGCCCGGGGAGCCCAAAUUAAUUAUCCCGGGAUAUAAGCCACUGUGACUAAGUCACACGGACCCGUUCUCUGACCUGGCAAAGCUGCUCUCGCUUCUGUGAGUACUUAACAUUCCUUUUGCAGCUCAGCUGUCCUUUUUGGUGGCGGGAUUAAACUCAAAAAUAAGAGAAGAGUUCUCUCUGUAUCUCUCCUCCCUCUACCCCCUCUCCCCCCCAUGUCCAAGUCAAUGACAAGACCAUUCUAUCUUUAAGCCACUGUGCAGCCUUCUUGAAAGUCACCUCCUCAGGGAAAUUAUUCUCUCUGGCCAAGGGUGAGUGUAGCAAAUGGAGAUGUGGCUGGUGAUGGGUUAAGACAUCAGAUAUAUACAGCAAAGCUUUUCACGCAACAAGAUCUGGUGUGGAGGGAUCCACAGUCCUCUUCUGAGAAUGGACAUGGCCUUUAAGGUGUGCACCAUCAGUUACUGAGAGCCAGUUUUGUCACAGAGAAAACGACAUCUGUUGCCCUGCUUCUGGCUUCUGUUGCAUGAAAAAAAGAAAGUGGCAGGCCUGGGAUUUGAAGAGCACAACAGUGUUCAUGGGUUGGGCCCAGAGAAGAUGGAAAGGAAUGGCACUUGUGGAAUGGGGACUUCCUGACUGCUCCCUCCCACCUCACGGCAGCCCUUAGACACAAACAUCCAGCAAUGGCGGGAGGUGGGGUAUGGCAGGGACUGCAAUGGGACAGCGGAAUCUGACAGGGGUGUCUUGGGGAAGCUUUAAGUACUUUAAGACCUCUGUGGAUCCAAGCACUUGUAUUUUGAACUUACGCAAUGUGAACCUAUGUCACUUCAUUUUACAUGUGGGGAAUACAGGAAUAGAUUUUUAUUGUGGAAUGGAAACAUCGGUCACUUUCAAUUAAAAAAACAAUCACCCAAUGUGUUUCUGAUCCUCUGACUGAACAAACUUCACUUGCAAAUGUGAG